AUGAGGUGUCGUUGGUACAGCAUUACGGGUUUGUUACAACGACAACAACAUUUACAAAUACAAUUAUCAGCAUGUUAUAUUAACCUUAACAAUAUGCAUCACUUAAGAAGAUGUUCAAAUGAUACCACGAGAAGAGAUCUGCAUAUCUGGUAUCAAAGUAGUUUGCCACUGCUUGAGGUACCAUUACCAUCGAGGAGAGAAAUAUGUCAAUUUACUCUCAAACCUAUUAGCGGUACUGUAUCUCGGUUUUGCAAAAAUAUCGAAUGCGAAGAUAAAGGCAUAGAGAUUGUGUAUGUUUAUUCAACAAGUGGUAAUAGAAUUGCUGGAAGUACUUUAUUGAAGCAUUUGUUGUUACGAGGCAGUUUUAGAUUACGCAUCAAUGAUUUCAUUUAUACUGUAGAAGUACCAUCUUCAAAAGAUGUUAUUGCGAAUAUUAUGGCGGAUGGCGAUGUAAUGCAGAAAUUUGAUGGUUUGAGAUCAACAAUAGCGCCAUUAUACAGUAUCAUGAAUGUGGAAGUGUAUAAAGCAUUCCAGGAGCGAUUGCUUAUAGAGGAGUAUGAAAAUGUAAAAGCAGAACUUAAACCCCUAAUUCAAGCGAAAUUUAAAAUCGAUGAAUUCUGCAGAAAACGUGCGCAACGAAUAUUAUGGUUAACACUAGCAGCAAUGGGAUUUCAAGCAGGAUUUCUUGCUCGGUUGACGUGGUGGGAUUAUAGCUGGGAUGUCAUGGAACCUAUUACAUAUUUUGCAACACAUGCUACGCUGAUUGCAUCAUUCGCUUAUUAUUUGUAUACUAAUCAGUAUUACAAUCAUAAUGAUCAUAAAAAAAGAGCGAUCAGCUUGUACUUUCACAAAAAAGCUGCAAAAAGUAAUUUUGACAUAUCCAGGUUUAACGAGUUACAAAAUGUAGCAAGUUCUAUUAAGCAUGAUCUAAAAAAACUUCGAGAUCCUUUGUACCAACAUUUGCCUACUGCAAGAUUGGCGUCUUUAUUACAAGAAAGUGGGAAAGUGCAACCCAGAAGCUUUACAAAAGAACGAAGUUGA